AUAUUCAAUAGAAAAGAGCCAGGGGGUUAUCAAUUGUUAAUCGUGUCAGGCUCUACAGAAACUUCUAAUCACUCUUGAUAGACUCUAGAACGGUAAAGUAGUCUGCUAUUUUUAUUGAGAAUGGAUAGGUGAUUUUUAUUAUUUCUCUACAGUCAGUAACUUAUGUCCAAUUUCAGUGUUGAAUUUUAUGAAUAUAUUCGUCAUACAGCUUCAAUCAGAGUAAGAAAUUGAAUUUCAGCCUUGGAAUCCAUAAACACAUGCAAAUAUGGGUUUCAAAAACAAAUUUAUCACAAUACUAUUAUCCAUGUUGAUGGUAACCAGUUCGAAUGCUGGCAACAUCUUGAGCAUCAUAGUUUUCCCUUCCUACAGUCAUCAACAACCUCUGCUAGCCCUUUCAGAGAAACUCGCUAGAAGGGGACAUAAUCUCACUGUACUCACCACUAAUCCACCCAAGAAACCAAUUCCCAACUACACCUACAUAGACAUGUCCAGUGCUUACAAAAAUCUCAAGGAGAUGGAUGAGAAGUUUGGUUUCAACCUUCAACGGGAAAUGUCAGCGGUCGAAAUCUUCAAGAAACUACCUCAGGUUUACUCAGAACUUUGUGAUUAUGAGUUGGGCCUUCCUCAAGUUCAAGCUUUCAUUAGUAAAGCAGCCUCUAUGAAGUUUGAAGCUGUGUUGAUAGAGAACCUAUACUACAGCAGCUUCCAUGGACUGACCCACAAACUGGGUUCUCCGCCGGUGAUCGGAGUGCACACAUUCGUGCCGUGGUCGGCCCUCGACGAGUUCAUGGGAGUCAAAGUGAACCCUUCCUACAUGCCUCACGUCUUCUCUCAUCAUAGCGACUCAAUGAACUUCUUUGAAAGAUGUUUCAACACGUUUUUGUACUGGUACAAUUGGUAUCUGGUCGAGUACGAACUGUUUCCUUACCAAGAGGCCAUUCUGAAAAAAUACUUUGGGACGAACACACCAUCAGCGAGGGAAAUGGAGUUCAACAAGAGCUUGUUGCUGGUGCCAGCUGAUUUGUCCGUCGCUUACCCGAUGAGCAUACCUCCCAACUAUGUCAGAACGGGAACGUUCCACAUUCAACCUUCUCCUGAACCUCUUCCAAAGGAUUUGAAACAAUGGAUUGACGAAGCUGAACAAGGCAUUGUCUACUUCAGUCUGGGAAGUAACAUGCAGGGAACUUCCGUUCCUCAAGAGAAGAGGGAAAUAUUCUUCAAAACCAUCAGGAGAUUCCCGAAGAUUAGAUUCUUCUGGAAAUAUGAAGCUGAGUCUCCACUAUCGAAUGUGCCUUCAAACUUGUUGAUUAGAAAAUGGUUCCCGCAACAGAGUAUUCUAGUUCACCCGAAAUGCCGGAUGUUCAUCUCGCAAGGUGGCCUGCAGAGCACGGAGGAGGCGAUCUAUUACGCUGUGCCACUUCUGGUCAUACCCUUAUUUGCUGAUCAGCCACAUCAGGCUGCUAAAAUAGAGAAGGAGGGAGCCGGUCUGUCUCUCUUGCUCAGCAGAUUGACGGAGGACAAUUUUUAUGACGCCAUAAACA